AUAUAAUGGGCCCUCCCCUCUUCACAUCUGCUUCUCCCUUUCGGUUCUCUCCUCCUCCGAUCCCAUUUUCCCAAAAAGCUUUGGCAGAGGCGCGGCGGUGGUGACGGCGGAGACGGCGGAGUACUGGUUGAUCUGAGCUAGGCAUAACCUUUAGCAGAUCAGAUCAUCCAAAAAUGGAUCAUCCCCCCAUUCCCUCCGACGGCGCCACCGGCCCCAUCACCGUUGUGGCUGUCGAUAAAGACAAGAACAGCGCCUCCGCCGUGAAAUGGACGGUUGAUAAUCUCCUCAUUAGCAAUCCCUUUGUUAUCCUUCUCCACGUCCGCCACAAAUCCUCAUCAAAUCAGAAUGGUGGUUCAGAUGCAAAUGGUGGGAUGAAUGAUCAUGAUGGACAUUGCGUUUUCACACCAUUUCGCGCUUACUCUGCGCGCAGAGGAAUCAUAUUGAAGGAGGUUUUUGUUGAGGAUACUGAAGUGGCCAAGGCAAUUAUAGGGUACAUCAACACGCACCGCGUUUCCAACGUUGUUCUUGGUGCAUCAUCGCGAAGUGCGAUAUCUCGGAAAUUUUGGACUCAUGAUGUGCCAACAAUUGUGAACAAGACUGCCCCAGACUUUUGCACAGUUUAUGUAAUCUCAAAGGGAAAGCAGCAAUCCAUCCGCCCAGCAGCAAGGCCUCUGGCCAAUCUCCCAAAUCAAAUGUGGGCUCAAGGCUCAUUAUCGCGUGCUUCUAGGAUCAGUAGUGCUGCAUCAGCAGCAGCAGCAGCAGCAGCCGAUGAUGGUAGCUGCAGGGCCGGUUCUAUGAGGGGAGAGCACAGCGGGAGAGCUAGAAGAAGCAUGGACCGAGACCCUGAUGGUUCAGUGAGAAGGCAGCCGAGGAAUUCAUCCUGCCGCAAUAAUUCCAUCGUUGAGGACAAUAACGACCUCUUCGCACCAAUCAGUGACGGGUUGGAUAACGCCGCUGCAGCUCAAAACCUAGACUUCACAAGAAUAUCUGAUGCUGCAAGUGAUGCAUGCUCAGUAGCUUCUAAGGAUUUGGAAGCGGAGAUGAAAAGACUAAAGUUAGAGCUGAAGCAAACCAUGGAUAUGUAUAACACUGCUUGCAAAGAAGCCAUCACAGCCAAGAAUAGCGCAAAAGAGCUUCAGCAGAUGAAGAUCGAAGAAUCUCAGAGGUUUGAGCAAGCUCGGCAAGCUGAGGAGGCUGCUUUGAGAAUGGUUGAGAUGGAGAAGGCUAAAUGCAAAGCUGCCAUGGAAGCAGCCGAGAAAGCACAAAAGAUAGCAGAGAUGGAGGCACAAAGAACAAAGUAUGCGGAGAUGAAGGCGAAGAAAGAGAUGGCAGAAAAGAAUCGAGCAUUAAGCGUGCUAUCCAAAAGUGAUUGUCGUUACAGGAAGUAUAGCAUAGAUGAGAUUGAAUUUGCCACCGAAAAGUUUUCCAAAUCGAUGAAGAUUGGCGAAGGCGGAUAUGGACCUGUUUAUCGAGGCAGACUUGACCACACACCUGUUGCCAUCAAAGUUCUAAGGCCUGAUGCUGCACAAGGAAGAAAACAAUUCCAACAAGAGGUUGAGGUCCUAAGUCUGAUGAGACAUCCAAACAUGGUUCUUCUCUUGGGUGCAUGCCCUGAGUAUGGAUGCUUAGUAUAUGAAUACAUGGACAAUGGCAGCUUGGAAGACCGUCUGUUUCGAAAGGGAAAUACCCCGCCAAUCCCAUGGGAAAUUCGGUUCAAAAUUUCAGCAGAGAUCGCGACAGCGCUUCUAUUUCUUCAUCAAUCAAAGCCCGAGCCUCUUGUGCACCGGGACCUUAAGCCAGCGAACAUCCUUGUGGACCGGAAUUUCGUCAGCAAAAUCAGUGAUGUCGGCUUGGCACGAUUAGUCCCACCAUCCGUAGCUGAUGAUGUGACACAAUAUCACAUGACUUCAGCUGCCGGGACGUUUUGCUACAUAGAUCCUGAGUAUCAGCAGACUGGAAAGCUAGGGACUAAAUCGGAUAUUUAUUCACUCGGAGUGAUGUUGCUACAGAUUAUCACAGCAAGGCCCCCCAUGGGAUUAACCCACCAUGUUGAGAGGGCAAUUGAGAAAGGCACAUUUGGAGAUUUGUUAGACCCAACAGUCUCAGACUGGCCAGUGGAAGAGGCUCUUAAAUUUGCCAAAUUGUCACUCCAGUGUGCUGAGCUCCGGAAGAAAGACAGACCGGAUCUUGGUGCAGUAAUAUUACCAGAGCUGAACCGGCUGAAAGAACUGGGGAUCCAAAGCUUGUCAAGUAAAAACGGUAGCCAAUCGUUUGGACGUUAUUGUUGAAUGAUCAAGUCUUCAAUUCUUGAAUGAUCCUAAAUCUCCAUCCAGGUACUGCAUCCCGCCGGGGCAAAGGUGUGAAGCUACUUAAGGCUCUGCAAUGAAGGAGAAAUUGAAGUGUGAGAGCUGAGAACUGGUAACCUUAGGCCUCAAGGAUGAGGAUAAGGAAACCCUGGGGAGAAAAGAACAAGUUUUUGCCAUGAGUUAUUGAUUGAUAUGAUGCAUCUUUAUCAACUGAUGAGAAAUCAGUUAUUGUGUAAGACUUGUUGACAGAAUCAAUCUGAAUUUACUUCUUCUCAAUAAACAUGUUCAAAAGGUUUACGUUACA